UACAGUAGUGGCAACAGUCGUCCCCCGACCGUUGUUCAAGUGUGUAUGAACGUCGGCCGACAUCUCCGCUGUGGCCAAGAGAAGAGUAGCUGAGAAAAACGCAAAACAAGAAAACAAACCGGGACAAGUUUCGCUUUCGUUCGUGGAUCCGCAUGACUUUCGCACGCUGACCGCAACAAGCAGUUCUGCUCUUCACCGGUGCAUCCUUGCUGCGGAAGCGGUUUAUCCUCCGGUUCACUAUUUCGGACACGCAGAAUGUACUCCGAAAAGGUUCGCGAACAUUUCGAGGAUCGCUGCUGAUCGUGAUUUACGCUGUGCGAUCGUGAUUUUUCGUAUGACUUAUUAUGCAUUAGUCUCAUCGAUCGACAGAUUGAUGAGAAUAACUUACUUGUACAUAAAUACGCGCAGUGUGCUCGUUUAGUUUUUAUACACGUAUAAACAUUACGUUUUGUAUAGCUGUAUGUGAAGACAAGGUGACCAAUUGCUUCAAAGCCGUUCUCCUCUCUAUAAAAAAUGAAGAUCGAUCAGCUUGGGCUUCUUCUUUGGAAGAAUUAUAUCGUUCGGAAGCGACAACCAGGAAUUUUAGCCUUGAUAUUUCUAUGGCCGGUAGUAGUUUUUAUGAUUCUUUAUACGGUGCGUGAUAAUGUCGAUCCGGAAUAUUACCCGACAUGUCAAUUUCCCGCAAGGUCGAUGCCACAGGAUGGACUUCUGCCUUUCGUGCAGAAUUAUAUAUGUAGCGUUGGAAGUCCCUGCGAUCCGUUGUCGGAAUACGAGCAAGUGCCAUCGUACAAAAAUGCCACUUUAAGUCCUUUAAUCGUGGAACUACAACCGAUGCUAAAUAAUAAGACUAUUAUCUCCGCUGUGGAAACAUUGCCACAGAGUAUUCAAUUGUUGAAAUCAAUGGCAGAGAUUCUCACCAAACCGGAAAUCAAGGCGCUUUUCGAUAGGGGAAUCCGUUUGGGUGACUUGUUCAACAAUCACGGGGAAAUUAAGAAUUUACUAAAAUCUCAAAUGCCGAACGCCAGAGAGGGUUUGAUUGAUGGUUUAUUCGAAUCAUCCGUAAAAUUAAUAUAUUUGAUCAAAACUUUCGGUUCAUUCGACAUCGAUGGCGUCGUUUGCUCCGCGGAAAGUCUGAAGAAAUAUUUGAUUCUACCUAAAGAAGAGGACUUUGCAGAGAUUUCGAACGUCCUCUGCAACAUCGACUCGAAAGCGAUGCCUGACAUUUUAGAAAAUCUUUCGAAGCAUCUGGACUUUACCGGUUUGUUGGAGAUGGUCGAUCGCGCAAUGGCGAAAUUUCGCGAUUAUAAUUUCUUCCAGGAUUUGAAGCGAGCGGUAGAAACCAUCCUUGACUUGAAGAUUUCCAAGAAAUAUAUGCCCGAGUACUUGAAACUCCGUGAAUGGCUACCAAAAGUAAUUUUGGUCUUCCAAAACACUACUUUCAAAGAAAUCGACCUGAACAUAAUUAAUAAAGCCAUCGCGGUUUUGGAUCCUGUAUUUGCAUACGAACGUGAUUGGCCAGUCGCCCGAAGUGGAUUUCUGAAAUUAAACAGACUUCUAAAGAUGGUGAAAGAAAUUGUGAAGGACCGCAAGCUCAAUUCCACCAACGCUGAUGAUUUCUUCGAUGUGAUGGACCGAUUAGGAGCAGCAAUAUCAACUUUUUCCUCCAAUUCAGAUAAUUAUGAUAAUAUCACGCAGAUAUUGGAUUUGUCUUUUCUGAUCUUGGAAGAUGGUAUAAGACUUACCAAGAAAAUCCUUGAUCGUCAUGAAAAUGAUUUUGAAUUAGCUGCUAACGUUUUCGAUGGACUCAAAAACUUUUUUUCCGAAAACAUAGUAAAUUCAGCGACAUAUUUUGUGUCAUUGAUAGAUAAUAUCGUGCAAAUGUCUCAUCAUGUCGCUAUUCUUCACGAAGAUACCUUGAGAAGAUUAUAUGAGGUUUCCAGAAAGCAUCAGAAUUUAGUCCAAAAGAUGUUGAUAAAUUUACAGCCCGCUAUAUAUAAAAGGAUUAUUCACUCCUUUUCACGAUUGGAUCUUGUAGAGCGUCUGGUGGAAGAUGUAAAAAAAACAAAACCUCAGGAAGUAUUUUGUCAAAAAGACACAAUGAAUGAGAUAUUCGAUAAUUACGUUGAAUUUAAAGAUAAAUCCAAUGAAAUUGAUGAAUUAUUCUGCAGCGAUGACGGAAAAAAAUUUAUUACCGAUGUCUAUGAUAGUUUCGAAUUUGACACAUUUGAAAAUAUUAUAAGUAAAACUUUAUCGACUAUGGUUGUUAUGGCGUUCAAACGACCAGUCAGGGCCGAAAGUUCAAACUUAACGUCCGUUGUGAGGAAUAUAAAAAAAUUCGUAACUUAUCUGGAUACGCGAAAGGUAACUUACUUAAAUUGGACUAUUUUUCAAACAAGUGAUGAAUGGGCAAAAGCUUUCAAAGAGACGCAACCUCAAGGAAGAUUGGAUAUCCUAGGAAUUCAUCUAAGCAUAGCGAAAAUGCUGGGUUUCAGCAGUUUAUCUUACAUAUCAAUCAAACCAGAUCUAGAAAAUAUGGACCUUUUAGCCGAAAUAAUUCUGGAAGAUCUACGAACUAAUCCUACUAGCUGGAUCGAGGAGGUACGCCGUCAUCAAACCGAGUUGAUCGAAUCGUUUUAUCUCACCGUCACAGAUAAGGAAAAGACAUUACAGAUCUUGGAAUAUUCGAAUUUCACGAGAGCGUAUUGCACGGAUCCAAAUCCGCCGGCUUUGUUAAAUUUUCCUAAGGAAUCGAAUAGCACGAUUCUGAAGGAGCUGGUGUGCUAUCUAUCCAAAUCGGUGCAAACGAAUCUGGAAUUGAACGUGACCAACAUCGAAAUCGAGGAAGCCACGUACAAGCGAAAGGAAUUUAAUUGGACUGCCUUCAACGAGAAGACAAUCAAGAUUUACCAGUACAUCGAUACUCUGGUCCAGCAAAAGGUUCAGCGUUAUGAAUUGAAGAAAUUGGAAAAAUUGAAGCAGAACUUCAAAAUUGCAUGGACAACGAAUACAACAGCGAAAGACACAUGGGAGAUCAGCGUAGGUUUAAUCUGCAAGCUCUUUAACAUAAUGGAGAGUCCACUAUUUGGAAUUCAGAUCAAAGAAAAUUGGAAAAUUAUUUACGGGUUCGGGUGGGCGACCUCGGUCAUUUUCGACAACAUCGAGAAAAUUGUCGAUCAGAUCCAGAAGAAUAAUCACGUAGCGAAGAUUUCCGAUGUUUUGGAGGAAAUGCCGCAGACUGAGACACUUAUCAGUUCGUUCUUGAGGAAUUUAUCUCCGAUCAUCCUUGAUAUAGUUGACAUGAUAACUUUGAGACCAAUUGCUCUAAUGUCGGUUCUUGAUGAUUAUAAAGACCGUGAACGAAUGUGGCCUUGCAUUAUGAACGAGAGCGUUGGCGUUGCAUUAGAAUUGAGAAAUGGAAGUCGGGAAGUUGUACGACAGAUUGAAAACAUCGGCUGUAGCCCAAGUCUUUUUAUUAAAGAGUGGAGAGAACAACCAAUAUUAAUGAGGAUCCGGAAAAUUUUCGAGCAUGACAAAACUGUAGAUUUACCGGCAUUUAAUUGGACUCUGGGCUAUAUAAAAUUUCGACGAUUGAUUACAAAGCUUGAUGAUUUGAUAAGCAAUGCUAAAGAUGUCGUUUUAGCGGACGAACCGAAAUUAGCCAGGUAUUUAAACACACUUGCGGACGAAGCGGACAAUAUUGUCGAACAAAGAUUGCCAAGUAUGAAAAGUGAUUGGAGAAAUACCUUGGAUCAUAUCGACUUAGAAAUCGACAAGGCGAUCAAAGCUUUUGGUAGCGAGCGUUCUGCAAGUGAAAUUUGGAAACCAUCGAUUGACGCUACUGAUCGUAUUCUUAUUUUAUUGAAAUAUCUUUCUAAUAUCAUCCACAAAGGUUCACGUAUCGUGACGAACAUAUUGAAUAGUGGCGUAGGAAAAAUCAGUUUAUUAUCCUUGCUAGGAUUCGAUAAUACUUCGCCUAUCAGCAUUUUUCACGAUCAGCUACCUUACAUUUUGUCGACAUUGGUAAAUGGAAUAUCUGAUCCCGUAAUCGACGAUCAAAUCGUCAAGGCGCUAAAAAAUAACACUACAAUCACAUGCACAAUGAUGUUCGAUUGGUUAUCGGACAUUAGAGUCGGUUUGACAGCCGAAGAUUAUAGAACCUUGAAAAAUUUUACUUGUGAUCUCGAUCCUGAAAAUUUCAAUGUUUACAUGGAUUUCUAUGUGGCGGAAAUGACGAUUUGGAAGAAGCCUGUUAGCAAAUAUCGAUCCUACGUAGCUUCAAUGAUCGGCGAUUUAUACGAUCUUCUGAAAAGCAUCAAUAUCGCAAUAAAAAACAAAAUAGUCAUCGAACCGCCCUUUUCGAAGAAAUAUUUGGAUCAUUUGUUGCAGACAUUGAGGGAGACACUAGAGAUCAGACAUGAAGAAAGUACUUUUCACAAGGAAGUGAAUCUGGAUGAAGGAUGGUCGAAUUAUAGAUUAUUGAUAGAAGGAUUGUCGCAAGUUUUAAUACACAUUGGCAACGCUUUGAAGAAAGCCGAGAUACAUAAUUAUAAUUUAGAGAUCUGGAAACUGGCGGAGAAUGAUGAUACGCGUCAAAUGUUAAAGAUUCUGGAAGAUAAUCCCGAAGAGACUAUCGCCCUAAUUGCUACUCUUAGCACGCUCAAUUAUACAACCGGUCAAUUCAUGUCCUUCAAAGAUAUCAGGAAGACUAUGUGCACUUUCCACUUUAAUUCUGAUUAUUGGUCCACGUCGGACAGAACGCGUUUUCUACAGAAAGUAUGUUCGUUCGAUCCCUAUCAGCUAUUGAAGACUGCCACGAGUGAGGAAUAUUACAACGUUGUUACUGGUCGGACAUUCACCCUUUCAAGAUCAACGCCAUUGGCCAUGUCAUUAAUAAAAUUAUUGGACGAUGUUUCGAAUUUUACUGCUGCGCUGCCGGGAGUGAGUCUCAAAUCGAACAUCUUCAAUGUAACGACGUGGCAGAAUCUAUCCAAUGAAACCUGGAGUUUAAUAAUCAAAUCUGAAAAGUCCUGGAUUCACUACAACCAAAAUUCUUCGUGGUACAGAUUCAACGUGACGUCGAGCUAUCUUGUCGAUUCCAGCAGAAUAUUUCAGCUUCUGGAAUCCGUGAUCGAUCUUGCGUCAGGCGGCGAUAUCUGGCAGAAACUUCGCGUUAUACACGAGACAUCGAAACUUGAGCCUCUGUUAACUCUCGUAGAGGACAUGCCCAAUCUCUUAAUCACUGCCGUCGACACCUUCGUCUCGUCCGAAAGGCUGGACGAUUUCAUACACAAGUUCUUCCUCGGCCAAGUGCAUCCCUGCAACGUUGAUCGAUACCUGAUCCCGCCCAACUUUAUAAGGAAGAAGGGUUUACUCUCUAGCAUUGCAAAUUUCUGUCAGAAGAUCGUCAUGAGCGAUAAGCAUUUGACAUGGAUAGAUCUAUUGCCUUCUGAGGGAAAAUACAGUAAUAGCUACCUUACGUCUGAUAUAUCUGAAACGACAAACGAAAUACAGUUAUUGCAAAGCGUGCAAGGAUUUCAAACUACUUUAAUUCACGUCUUAUCAGAGGGCUUCAAGCAACUAAAAGUUCCUAUUUGGUGGACCUCGUUCGAGGAAGGCUCUUUAAAAGAUUUUAAUGCGGAAUAUAAGAGAAAGGACACGAAGACUCUGGCAGAUUCAAUAGUGAAGAAGGCGGUAAAGAUCUUGAAAAAUUUCCUAGAAACGCGAACUGAUGUUAACAAUUGCACGUGGUGUAUGACACUUCCAAUAGAAAUCUUAAAUUCCCAGCUGAUGCACCACGCUCUCUAUUCAAAAUUAUUCUGUCAAAUGAAUCGACUAAAUAUAUCUGAAGUAGAAAAAAUUUUAACCGAUGAUUUUAACUGGAAUAAAACGAGCAGCAUGAUCAAAGAUUACAAAUUUCUGAAUAAGAGAAAAACGCUAAACGAGUUUUUAGCUACAUUUGAAACUACUUUACAUUAUGUCGCCGAUAUAAUAAUCGAAUUCCAAAAUGAUACAUAUCAUGACACGGUAACCGACUGCUUUUACAAGUUUGUCGGCGGUCGUACGUAUUCCCGACCAGGAUUAUACAUCUCACUUGUUUUGAGCGUCCUCGACAUGUUGCAAAAGAACGUUUUUAUUCUGGACUCGGCAUCCGUUCACGAAAACAUCAACAAUUUAACUAGGCUGUCCGAGAAAUAUGUACCAAUUUGGAAAACGUUGCGCGACGUCGUGAAGAAGUCUGAUCUCGCUGAAAUCGACGCUGCGUUACCAAACGCCACUAUUAAUAUAAAUGCGAUGCUGAACGAUCUGAAUACGAGCUUGUGUCGGACAAAAAUCGACUGUCAGAACGCGACGAUUCUAUACAAUUUUCUGAGUUCAAAAAGAGCUGGCAAGGUUUUCCGAUACGAUCCGAGGGCGUCCAACUAUCCGUCGGUAUCCGAUAUUUCAAAUCAGUUGGCUCGCAGUCUAGACAUAGACCUCAUAAAUCGGCAACAGGCCUUCUGGCGUUCUCAGGCCUCCUGGGAUCUUACCUGGCUCAAGGAGAUCUUGGGUCAUCUGUCCUUGAUCCUCGGAGAAAGUGGAAAUCUGCUGGACGUCGCUAGUAAAAUAGAUUUCGAGGACGUCUCUAACGUACUCGGAAUUCCCGAUCUCGCCGAUGGCAUAGUGAAUAUACUGAACGAUAAAACGGUCGAUAAACUGUUUGAUGGAUUGAAAGAACUCCUAGAGGAUGUAACGCCGUUUAUAAACGAUCGGGAAAUAACCGACGAUCUACAUAGCAUGAUCACGGCAUUGGAGUCAAUGGAGAUUUUCAAAAACUUAGGACUACUCGAUAUGAAAUAUGUCGUCAGAGAAAUGUUCGACAAUUGGGACGUUGUGCGAAUAUUUUUGAUCGACAAAAUUGGCAUAACUAACGAAAUCGCGCUCACCUUAAGUCAGGCCAAAAUAGAUAUGAUCUCGAUCUUCAUGAAAGAACGCGGCGUCAUUAGUUUGAAAGAUAAUAUUUGUUCGCCUGAGAAACUUGGCGAUAUGUUGCUUCUCAAUAAUGAUCUUGUAACUGCUGAUGAAGUUAGCUCCGCGCUUUGCCAAUUAGAGGAUUCGCAGACGCAAAAUAUCGCUAUCACGUUGAUGAAGAAUUUAAAUUUCGAUUAUAUUUUAAAAAACUUAAUGACCGCUAAUGUAAAAAAUAUAAUAGCUAACGCUAAUCUAACUGAAACUGAAGGAAAAACUGUAUUGGAUAAUCUUGGCAUUGCUGCGGAACUAUUUCCAUUUUUUAAAGACCAAUUAUCGGGAAGCUUUUCCUUCGGAAAUGACACAGACGAAAGUAAUACGAAAGAAACGGAAGGAACGCAAUCUGGUUCGCAAUUCCUGAAGGAUGCUAGUGAAAUGCUUUGUGGUAAAACUAUAAUUCAAGACAACGAACAGAUUUAUAAAAUUGUCACUUCUUUAGAAGACAGCAAUAAGGCGUACGAUCAAAAGGAAUUCGAUUCUUUACCAAAUUUCUGCAAACAAACAUAUAAAACUGUACUCAGUAUGCCUGGCGGAAAGAUUGUCUGGUCGUACGUUAAGCCUCUAUUACGCGGUCAGAUUCUUUAUGCGCCCGAUACUAUCGCGAUUUCCGAAGUUAUGACGUUGGCGAACGAAACUUUCGUGCAGAUGGGACACUUCAGCGUACUGAUGAAUAGUUUAGAGAAGACUUUGAAGUCCUUGGCUAGUCUCUCGGAGAUGGGCGAUACUUUGAAAGACUUACAAAGUAUAAUGUCUUCUGAUGUCAUGAAGGUUGCUGUCAAAUCGAUGGGCGGUGGCAAUUUUGAAGGUGAUUUAUCCGAGCUCGAUCUCAGCGAGAUUGUGUGGCGGUUGAAAAAAUCAAAGAAAUUGAUUUCAAUGAUUGGCGCGUUGAACGACAUGAUGGGAUGCGUGCUGGUAAACAGAACGAUAGGAUUUUCUUCGGAAGAGGAACUGGAAGCGGCAGCCAGUCGCUUGACCGAAACAAACGAGUUUCUUGCCGGAGUGAUCUUUCUGGAAACUACUUCACAUCGCGCAAAGAAAUCUCUAGAUUACGAAUUACCGGAUGAUAUUACUUAUAAGAUUCGCAUGGAUGUAGACUACGUGCCAUCCACCAAACGAUUGAAGAAUCAGUUUUGGAUUCCUGGACCUGAAAGCAAUUUUCUCGAACAUCUCAGAUAUCUUCGUGGUUUUAUUCAACUGCAGGACUCCGUUGAUCGCGCGAUCGUAAAGGUAAAGGCUCGAAGGGAUUUCAACUGGAAGACAGUCACGCAACAAAUGCCAUAUCCGUGUUGGAAAUACGUAUCAUUUCAAACAACGCUUUAUGAGUCUCAAGGUAUGCAAGUAUGCUUCUUCUUUGCAUUAAUGAUGUGUGUCGGAUCAGCUGUCAGAUAUAUUGUUUGGGAGAGAGAAUCGCAAAAUGCCAUGGUAAUGAGCGUAAUGGGAUUGAAGCCAUGGAGAAAUACUCUGGCUUGGUUCAUAACGUCUUUCGUGGAGUUAUCGAUCGUGAUGAUCUCCAUUGCUCUGAUUUUACUCGCGGGAAAAAUCCUCCCACGAUCAGAUCCUUUCUUAAUACUUAUCUUACUUUUCGAUUACAUCUUUUCAAUUGUUACUUUUUGCUACAUGAUCUCGACGAUGUUUAGUUCUGCUAGUCUUUCAGCAGUUACCACGGUUGUCAUGUUCCUGUUAACUUAUAUGCCAUAUGUUAUCGUCAUUGCCAUGGAAGCUGUGUUCGGACUUGGAUAUAAACUUUUAAUCUGCUUAAGCAUGUCUACUAGUUUCUGCUACGGAUGUUUAUAUGCUGUACGAAAGGAAGUUCAAGGCGUCGGUCUUAAAUGGGAACACGUAUGGGAGGAAUCGAGUCCUGGUGAUCCGAUGUCUUUGGGAUUGGUAUUGCUGAUGAUCGCGUUCGACGGUUGUUUGUACGGCGUGAUUGGCUAUCUCGUCGCUAGAUACACUAAUUCAGGCAGGGGCUUUCACGGUUUGAGGUGCCGUAGCUUAUGGUGGUCCGGCACACGGUCUCUCUAUGGCAGGCCGACUUACCUCGCCUUCGUCAACAACCUCUAUUUCACUAACGACGUUCUCCAUCCUUCAGCCACUUACCAAGAUGACGAGAGCGACAUCAGCAGCUUGACCGUCACAGAGAAACAAAUCGGCGUAAAAUUUGAGACUGUAAGGAAAGUUUAUCACACCGAGCAAGGGGAUGUUGUGGCCGUAGAGGACUUUACUUUGAAACUCUGCGAGGGUGAAGUGACAAGUCUACUUGGCAGAAAUGGCGCGGGAAAAACAACUAUCAUCAAAAUGCUGACAGGUAUGGUGGUUCCGACCAGCGGCGAGAUUUGUCUGAACGGUGAAGAGAAUUGCAAGCCUGAUAUAGGAGUGUGUCCUCAAGAGAACGUGCUCAUUGGAACUCUGACGCCGAGAGAACACAUGAUAUUUUACUGGAAACUUAAGAAAUCUAACAGUAAUAACGUUGAAAUGCAGAAACACGUUAACGAAAUGCUAGCUUCAUUGGAACUCGGGCGUCAAGAACACGAGCCUGUGUCACGUUUGUCAGGUGGUACACGACGCCGCCUCUGCGUAGCUCUGGCCUUCCUUGGUUCGCCACGAUUAGUGAUUCUGGACGAGCCUGGCGCCGGUGUGGAUCCCGCAGCUAGACGACGAAUCUGGCGAUUAAUCGAUCAACACAGGAUCGGUAGAACCGUCCUCCUCUCGACUCAUCAUCUGGACGAGGCCGACAUGCUAAGCGACACCGUUGUAGUAAUGCACAAAGGGAAGAUCUUGUGCACUGGUUCACCACUGUCCUUGAAAAUGACGCAUGGCAGAGGAUACAGAUUAAACAUAUCCUUUCCGAACGAUCAUUAUGCCAACGGAGAAGCGGGAAUAGGCGGAAUAGGAGAGACAAUCGACAAAAAGAACUUGAAGGAUCUUCGAGCAGUCGUCGACGAAGUUAUACCAAACGCCACGAUAAACGAAAUAUCCGAUUCGGAAGUCAUCAUUACGUUACCUUUUCAAGGAAAGAAUGGCAUGAAUAACGAUAUCGCGCAAGCGGCGAAAAUGCUGGAAGACAAUCGUAAACUCUUGGGAUUCUCGCACUUUUCAUUGGAGUGCGACACCUUGGAAAGAGUCUUCUUGGAUCUUUGCGCGCGAGCAGACAACAAAUCGAGUAAUAUUAAAGAGAAUGAAGAUAGAGUCGCUGUAAUAGAGCACAUUGAAGUUCCCAUACCAAAUGAUGACAUCGAUUUAAACAUUGAUUUAAAUUCUACGGAGAUCUUAAUGAAGCCUUCGCCGAUCCGACAAAUGAAGGCCAUGAUAAAGAAAAGACUAUGGCAUUUCGCGAGAGACUGGAAAGCACCGUUGGCAGCCCUCAUUUUACCGACCAUGUUCGUCGCAGUCGCUAUGGGAUUUUCUCUAAUACGGCCACCAUCCGAGGACGAACCGGCUCUGAAUCUGACUCCCAAACUUUAUGACACUCAUCCGACUUAUUUUUACAGUAUCGAUGACAGUAACGAUCAAUUCCUGCAACAUGUAUCAAUGCAGCUGCACGAUCGUUUCGGAGAUGAUUAUGCGGGCGCAUGGCAAACUUUACCUAACGAUACCGGAACUUGCGAAUGUUUGGACGGUCAACAAUUCUGUCAAGGUGUUUCUAAAGCCGUCGAAGGUCUUUAUCAGACCUUACCUGGUCGACCUACUUUGGAUUGGAUCGUUUCAACGCAUCAAGAAUAUAUAGAAAAAAGAUACGGCGGUUGGUCUCUAUCACACGCCAAAAAGGAUCCUCUUUUUGUCGUUUGGUACAAUAAUAAAGGCCACCACUCAUUGCCAUCGUACCUGAACGCCCUCAAUGAGGCAAUUCUGCGAGCAUCCGGAGUGCAAGGACACUUAACUACACUCAAUCAUCCCUUGAAGCUAUCGAGCGAUCAGCUGAAUCGAACUACUUUAUUGCAACAUGUGGCGGAUGUCGGCGUGGCGAUAGUACUUCUGAUAGCAUUCAGUUUAGUCGGAGCUCAGGGAGCAAAGGAGUUAGUGAGAGAACGAUUAUCAGAGGAAAAGAGAAUACUUUAUUUGGCUGGAGUUCAUCCUAUUACAUAUUGGACAACAGUUUUAAUUUGGGAUUUCAUAGUAUUUGGCUGCGCUAUUUGCUUGGCGGUAAUCGUUUUCGAAAUUUUCGGUUUAUCGGCCUACGUUGCAAAAGAUAAUCUCCCCGGUGUUUGUCUUUUAUUGUUUUUAUUCGCAUGGGCGGCAAUACCGUUUUCACAUCUGGCCGAAAAAACAUUCGAUGACUCUAGCUUGUCCAACAUGGUGCUCUUUUGCAUAAAUACGUUUAUAGGUGUAUCUGCCCUAGCGACAAUCCUAGUGCUCGACAUUAUUGGUAAAACUAAAACAGCCGAAGACGUGAGAAACAUUUUGCAUUACAUCUUUAUGAUUUUUCCGCAAUAUACUCUCGGCGAUGCGUUAGUCGAGAUAUCGAGGAACGACAUCACUUCCGAAUUGCUACAGAGAUUUCACAUGGACACUUACCAGUCACCGCUUAGCUGGGAUCUUCUUGGUCUUCAUUACGUUUUCCUGACAGUAAUCGGCGCGAUUUUAUUCGCGCUGAAUCUGAUGCUCGAAUGCCGCGUCUUGCCCGAUUUGAGGAGACAAAAGAUCAGUUACGAGGUCGUGCAAGAGGACGAUGACGUUGCCAGAGAGAGACUGAGAAUCGAGGCCGGAAUGGUCGAUGAUGUCUUGAAGACUGUGAAGCUGAGGAAGGAAUAUAGGAGCGUAUACGGAACAAAUGUCGCGGUACAAAAUUUAAGCUUUGGCGUACAAGCGGGAAGAUGCUUCGGCCUCCUGGGGGUGAACGGGGCGGGAAAAAGCACGACAUUUAAGAUGCUGACAACGGAAAUCAUUCCUACGGCCGGGAAGAUUAUUCUUAAAGGAAAGGAGAUUGGCGGUGGACCUCUGUGCAACGGUGAGGUUGGUUACUGUCCUCAGAGCGACGCUUUAGAUGGAUUUCUCACUCCCCAUCAGUGUCUGACGAUCCACGGUGAAGUUUGCGGGUUGAAUAAUGUUCCUAAGGCUGUCGAGACAAUACUGAAGAGGUUCGAUCUGCUUAAGUAUGCUCAUCGAAGGGUCGAUGCUCUUAGCGGUGGUAAUAAAAGGAAAUUGUGCGCCGCUAUAAGUGUCAUGGCACCUGUGGCAAUAGUUCUCAUGGAUGAACCUACAAGCGGAAUGGAUCCUGCCACGAAGAAUCUCGUAGCCAAAGCCGUGAGACACGUGACGAAAAAUGAAGGAUGUGUCAUACUGACUUCGCACAGUGUUGCCGAAUGCGAAAACCUUUGUACAAGGGUAGGAAUCCUCGCCAAAGCUGGUCUCAGGUGUAUAGGAACUCCGCAGCAUUUGAAGCACAAAUUCGGUGAAGGAUAUGUUGUCUUCCUGAGAUUUGGCCAACCAGUUUCCGCCACGGAUCUUAGGAGAGCUAUCCUGAAAUAUCUGCCACAGGCGAUGAUCUCUUCUAGACAGGCAACGGCUGCCCGACUUUUGCUACCACGAAGUCAAGAUACGACACUUAGCGUGAGUUUCAGUAUGGUGAAGCUGUUGGCGGAGGAGCUUAAGGCUACGGACUACACGCUCACACAAAGCUCGCUGGAUCAGGUUCUGGUAAAUUUCUCGGAGGAGUUGGACGAUGAAGGCAUCGACGCGAGUAUCUUUGGCCAAGGCAGUAGAAACAGCAUGCCCAACAUGUACUCCAGUAUGGAUACUAUUCACAUGGACACAUUUUGAAUGUGUCGUUUAAUUAGGUCUUAAACUCUCUAGAAAGCUCUCUAAAAGUAGCUCUUGCUAGAAAUAGACACACACGAAUUUAACUAAAGUUUUACGUUUCACUCUUGGUAAAACUUCUCCUGUUCGUCAGAUGCGCUCCAACGGUACGCAUUCUCGUGGCGAUUGCUGUGAUAGUCUGCCUUUACGUUCGACGCCAUGAUGAAACGCGCGAUUUAUACGAGCUUUAUAUAAAAAAAAAAAGAUAUCUCGUGUUUUUUACGCAGUUUUUCUGAGACAAGAGAUUUAGAUAUUCAUUUACUUAUAAAAUCUAGAUUUGAUCGAUCAAGUUCCUAAAACAAAUCUUUCUUAGAAAUUCGUGAUAAAACAAUUUCAUUCGGUCUCAGAUAUGUAAAUAUUAUAUUUUUGCGGCAAUUUUUUGAUUUAGCAAUAAU